AUGAAUGUUCAGGGAAAAGAAGAGGAGAGGCCUAAGCUAGAGAGGUUUGACGGGACGCAGCCAGCAACGUAUCGCAAGUGGAGAAGAAAGGCGGAGUUGAUGUUGCUGGCCUUACCGACCACCUACUCGAAGGAUCGAUGGGGUGCCAAGCUGAUGGAGUUUCUAUCGGGCGAAGCAGAAGAAGUGUGCGAAGGCAUUGCGCUCGAGAAGAUCAUCAAGGAAGGUGGCCACGAAAUCAUCUUCGAGACUUUGGAUGGUCGCUACAAGGACUUGCAGAAGGACGCCUUGCAAAAGCACUUGACGGAGUACUUUUAUGGGACAAGCAUCAAGGCUGGAGAGAGCUACAGGAACAUGACCAUUCGCCUGGAGACAGCAUACCGCAGACUGCAAGAGCACAAGGUGGAGCUGCCAGAUGAAGUGAGAGGCUGGUUCCUGCUGCGAAAGCUUCAGCUGGAGUCUCAGGCAGAGGCCAUGGUGCUCACCCAUACUCGUGGGUCCCUCAAGUACGCAGACGUGAACAGUGCAGUGCAAGCGAUCUUUCCACAAGGAUGUGCUAAGACUGGUGGGGGCAAAUCUCGAGAAGUGUUUGAGACUGAGCUCCUCGAGGAACCUGGCGAGACGAACCAGGAGACGGAUGAGCUGGAUGGAGACGACGUGUUCCAGGUCAUCGCCGACCAGAUCCAGUCCCAGGAGACCUACGACGACGAGGAGGCGAUCGAGGUGUUUGAGUCCUACCAGGACAUCCGGCGGAAAAUGCAGCAGAAGAAGAUGGCCCGCGGCUACAAGGCAACAGGCACAGGAUCGACAUGGACUUUGUCGGGGACAGUGCGUGGCAAGAUUGAGCAGCUCAAGGCGCGGAGUCGUUGCCACAUCUGCCAGGAACGUGGACAUUGGAAGCGGGAGUGUCCAAAACGUAAGCCCGGAGGAGCACAACAAGCAAGUGGAAAGCAGAGUCAGGCAAGCGCAAAGACCAGUCAGACCAGCGAGGCCAUGAUCAUGGACAGUGGUGGUGGCAGCGCCAUGGACAAUCUGAACCAAGAGUACUUCCUCGAGGCAGAAGACAUCGUCAAGUUGGACACCUUUCUGGCAGAGCAAUGCGGCCAGAGGGAGGGUGGCCCAGCAGGCUUAGAUGUCCUGCAUGCUGAUGGCGAAGAAGUGAGAGGGGAUCUUGGGCAGAGUGUUUUUGAGUUUUUCCAGAAGCAAGGUCACGCAUCGGGCAGCGAGGCAUACAUGGCCGAUCUUGCUACUCAUGGGGUUCCAGACACUGCCUGUAGACGAACACUCAUAGGUGAAGCAGUUCUACAGCGCAUGUCUGAAGUACUGGGAAGGGUUGGGCUGCAAGUUAGAUUCGUGAGAGAGAGGCAUGAGUUCAAGUUUGGCAAUGCCGGGUUGAUUCAGACGGACAGAGCAGCCAUCAUUCCAGUACGGUUAGGAAGCCGACAGCUAGCAAUAAAGGCAGCUGUGCUGCCUGGUAGUGGCUCUGAAGCUCCACUGCUUCUUUCCAAGGUGACACAGAAUCAGGAUGUGAAGACGCACAUGAGAGAUGAGAUCAGCGCCAUGAGCUAUCCGAGCACCGAUGUGGAGAUGCAGGGCGCGAACAACUUCGUUCAGACCCCUCUGAUUGCCGGCUUGAUUGCCGAGGUGCAGCCGCAGUUGGAGGCGCAGGACCAGGUGGAGCUGAGUGCGUCGAUCCUGGAUCAACUAUCAGAUCACGAAGAAGACGCGCCAGAAGGGCUCGUGCCAGGGCUAACAGGGCGAAUCAUCUUCAACGUCGGGAAGUAUCAGAAAGCAGGCGCAGCGGUGAACUUUGCGACGUCCUAUCUCACCGACAAGAGCUACGUGGCGUGGGUGCGGAAGUUCGUGAAGUCAGGCCCAGAUGCAGCGGGGAAGUCAUCGCAUCCGACAAUGACACAGUUCCGACUGUACGUGGCCUUGAGAGAUCAGCGCAAGUCGCAGAGAAUCCAGAGAGGGUCGGAGCCAGAACCAGCGCUGACAACACCGUGUCGCACAACGAGAGCAGUGACCGCAAUGAACUUGGGAGCAUCCCCCAAGGCGAAGAGCAGUCCAAAGCCGAAGCCAUCGCCCACAACAAGGCGUACAGUUACAUCGAGUCGAAGCCGCCAGAGUGCAGACAGGGCAGAUGUGACGGAGCUAGAGACCGAGCAUGCGGAGACUCCUUGGUUGCUGAUGCCACAUCCAGAGGAGACAAGGAUGUCGCGCACGGAGAGCGAGAGGCGCCGCCAGUUGCUGAUGAGUCAGAUCGAGGCCCUGCACCUCGAGCUGGAGCGCCUGAACGAGGAGGGCCAGGAUUAG